AUGGCGCCGAAGCGUGGUUCUAGUCCGGCCAUUGCUGGACAUUGUUCGCUGAUUUUGUCCCGCGGCUUGCCGUCUGUGCGGGUAACAGAUUCCAAUCGGCAGAAAAAAUUGAUCCGGCAUCUACAUACUUUCCUCCUCUAUCUUCCUGCAGACACAAGCUGCGGUUACAGGCCAGAGUGCGGCGCUGCAUCGUUCCGGACUAGGCAGAGCUCUUUAAUGGUAUCUUCAGAGAUGCCCAACACCUCUACUUUGAGGCUGUGUACCGUGUGCGCAUCGAACAACAAUAGGUCUAUGGAGUCACACCGCGUACUGAAGGAGGCCGGCUACGAUGUCUCAUCAUAUGGCACUGGCUCCGCAGUCAGGCUGCCUGGUCUGUCCAUAGACAAGCCCAAUGUCUAUCCAUUCGGUACGCCUUAUAACGAUAUAUAUAACGAUCUGCUGGCGCAGUCCGCCGAGCGCUACAAAUCUAACGGGCUGCUCGAGAUGCUGGACCGCAAUCGGCGGAUCAAGAAGGCGCCGGAGAAGUGGCACGACAGCCAGAAGGUGUUCGACUUUGUGUUCACGUGCGAGGAGCGCUGCUUCGACUCUGUAUGCGAGGACUUGAUGAACAGGGGAGGUCAGCUCAACAAGAUUGUCCACGUGAUCAACUUGGACAUACGCGACGACAAUGAGAAUGCCAAGAUAGGCGGUCGCGCAAUGCUAGAGCUGGUUAAGGCUCUCAACUCCAAAAUGCAGGAGUGCGACCAACAGGGAGUUCCGUUCGAGGACACAAUCAUGGAUGUCGUGGCAGACUGGCAACAGGCGCACCCGCAGCUGCCGCUGUUGUAUUCGCCUGCCUACUACUAG